CUUCUGCUCAGUCCUGGUCCUCCUCUGGUCUUUGAUGUUCAUCCAACCUCAGUUCACCUGUUCACCUUUCCUGGACUCUGGUCACGUGACGUUCUCCUCUCUCUUCUGGCGCUCGCGCCGCUUCUCCUCCAUCACCUCCUCUUAGAAUCGAGGAACUCCUGCUGCUUUCGGGGUUCUUCUGCAGGUCUGAGGAACCAAACAAAGACGGAUUUGGAAAAUACUCACGUCACUUUUCAGCAUCACACCUGAGGCGGACCAGGUGAGGCGCGUGCCACGGGAUUCCACCAAUCAGAGGCGAGCAGAUGAGCCGACGUCUCGCCCACGCCAAGACCCCGGAUCCGGUACCUUAGUCCACUAAAGCAGCGAUUCUACGGGCCGGGGGGUUCAGCACCCGAGACCUCUGUUCCACGGGUUCGAUUCCUGCACGUACACCGCUCGCUCAUGCUGGCGCGGAACGAAGACGUCUCGGUGUGACGUAACUCCGUCCGCGUGCGCAUCCACCAAUGAAGAGGGGAGUUUUGACCUGCUGGGAUCAAAUGGACGAAACGUUUGAACCAAUUUUUAAAAGAAAUACAGCGACCGGAAACAGAAACUUAAACGGAAGUUAUACUGUUUUCGUGCCUCGGUGCUGCCUCCACCGGCGGGAGGAUGAACUACAGCGACGCGGAGCGGACGGUAACCAUGGUAACACGGACACGCGUGAGGCCAGACGGUUUCUUCAGCCCCCUUCAUCCUCGUCAUCGAUUCAGACUCUUUUGUCUCGCACCGUCCAGAUUUUUUGCUUCAUUGUUCGGCGCUCCUGAUUGGACGAGGAUCUGCACGGCAGCGUUCAGAGUCAGAUCGUUCUCCAAAGAGUCAAACUUAAAGAAGGAUUCAGAAAGCACAAAGCAGAAAAAAAAAUUAUGUUAUUUCCUUAAGUUUAUGUUAUCACACAUCACUAUAAAAAGAUCUGGUCCUGGAUCUGCUCUGAUCUUGGAUCCACUUUGAUUCUGGAUCUGCUCUAAUCUUGGAUCCGCUCUGGUUCUGGAUCUGCUCUGAUCUUGGAUCCACUCUGGUUCUGGAUCUGCUCUGGUUCUGGAUUUGCUCUGAUCUUGGAUCCAUUCUGGUCAUGGAUCCGCUCUGAUCUUGGAUCCACUCUGGUCUACGAGCUGUUUUGGUGUCGGCUCCACUGGGAUUCUGGGUUCGCUCCGAUCCCAGAUCCACUCUCAGAUCUAGAAACCCCCUCUCGGUUUCCUGUAAAGAUGGCGUGGACGUGGCGGCUGUGAACCUCCACAGACCUGCGGUGAGGAGGUGCAGGAACCUCUCAGCUGUCACGUUGGAUCAGAGGAGCAGCUCGUGGUCCUCUGAGCAGAAGCCAAGGCCAGGCUGCCGGAUCCGGCCUGAUAAGAUCCUCAGGCUCACAGUCGAAAGUCUCCGUCAGCAGUUGAACAUUAACCUGAGUUUCCUGAGGAGAGCUGCAGAGUCGGUGGAGGUCCACACAGUUGGAGUGGAGGUGAAGAUGAGGCUGCAGGUGCUCCUUCUCCUCACUGCAGCCGGCUGCGCAGUCGGCAGAUCCCUGAGGAAGUCUGCAGAGAAGCAGCUGCUGCUCAUCUCCUUCGACGGCUUCAGGUGGGACUAUGACCAGGACGUGGACACCCCCAACCUGGAUCAGCUGGUUGUGGACGGCGUCAAGGCCAAGUACAUCACCCCCCCGAUGCUGACCAUGACCUCCCCGUCCCACUUCACCACCAUUACAGGCAGAUGGGUGGAAGACCACGAAGUCGUGCACAACAUGAUGUUCAACACCACCACCAACCUUAAGGUCCCCCACAAACAGACCCUGUCGCGGUCGGAGUGGUGGGACACCGGCGUGCUGCCCCUGUGGAUCACCGCCCAGAACCAGGGCCUGAAAACCGCCUCAUUCUUCUUCCCGGGAGGCGGAGCCAAUUACAGCGGCCAAUCGGUGAACAGAGUCGUGAUGGAAGAAGCUGGCUUUCCGGACGACAACGAGACGGAGUGGCAGCAGAACAUCGACACGGUGCUGAGCUGGUUCUCCCAGGAGAACUUCAACCUGGUGACACUGUACUACGGAGAGCCGGACAACGUGGGCCACGCCAAAGGGCCGGACCACCCCCGCAGGAAGGAGAUCAUCCAGCAGAUAGACCGCACCAUCGGCUACCUGAGGACCGCCAUCCAUCGCCACCAACUGACCGACAGCCUGGACGUCAUCAUCACCUCUGACCACGGCAUGACCACGGUGAAGAAGCGACCCCUGGUGGACGAGAUCGUCCUCAACAAGUACCUGAACCUCUUGAAACUGACUAGCUUUGAGAUCCUGGACUACGGUGGGUUUGGGAUUUUGACGCCGCGGCCGGGGAUGGAGCAGGAAGUCUUUGAUGCUCUGUCCAAGGCGCCAAACCUGACCGUCUACAAGAAGCACGAAAUGCCCGACAGCUUCCAUCUUGGGAAAAGUGAGCGGCUGCCUCCCAUCGUGGUCAUCGCAGAUCUGGGCUUCAACCUGAACUCUAGGUUCAUCGUAUACGUGAACAAAGGUGACCACGGCUUCCACAACGACCACAUGGACAUGAAGACCAUCUUCCGCGCGUUUGGACCCAGUUUCAAGAAGAACUUCCUGUCCGAGCCGUUCGACAGCAUCCACAUCUACCCUCUGAUGUGCAAGCUGCUGCAGAUCGAGCCGGCGCCGCACAACGGCUCUCUGGCCGUGACGGAGGACAUGCUGCAGUCUGCCGGAACACGAGGAGCCGGGCUGUCCGUCUGGAUUCUGCUGCUGUCGCUGCUGAGCAGGUUCACGGUGCUGUGACGGACCCAGAGCGGGUCCAGAACCUCAGAACUUUGGUUUUUAUCAGAACCUCCAGCAGGAAGAGUUUCAGCUUCUGUAAACGUCUGACCUCACAGACGCAGAUUGAUUCGAUUGAUUUGACUGAUUCGUAUUUAUUUUAUCGUCCCCAUUAUGAUACAUAUAAAUUUACUUUAUUUUAGCUUAAAAAGAUGAAUUAAAAAAAUGUCUUUUUUCAAAAUAUAACUUUUGACAAAGGUUGUUAUGACUUCCUUUCAAAAUUAAAGACUUCCUGUGUCACAUCUCUCAUGUAUGGGACCGUAUCAUGAUAAAAAACGGUUUAUUUUUCAGUUUGUGGUUCAUCUCCACCAGAAAUACAUAAAUCUAGCAAAACAAAACUGAAUUAAA